AUGUUAUUACGGUUAAUAGCUCUGAUCUCUCUACCGUACCUAUCCGUGUCAAAGUCUUGUGGAAGAGAAGCCAUACCGUAUAUCUUAUCAGUUGAUCUUAGCGGCAAGCCAGGUAAGUGACUCUUUUGUAAAAGAUACAGUAACAUUUACUUCUGAAUCCUCUACCUUGAUUCACUUUAGAGCUAGCAUGUGAUACUCCAGCGUGUUUUGGGCCUUUGAAAAGCCCUAUCAUAGAUGAUUACAACGACGAACAAGGUCAGCUGUCUGUGCUACAUAGAACUGCUGUAAGUCGAAAAAAAACAUAGAUUCAAGUUUUGAUAGUAUCAACUGUAAAGGACUUUUCCAAUUUUCAAGUUCGUGUUAUGACGUAAUACUUUGCAUUUAAAUCGCUGACCUAAAGCCUAUUACAGACAUGUACAGGCAAGUAUACCAACAUUCCGUGUACAGGCAACGAUGAAUGGACGGGUGGAGUUGCUGAAUACAACAAUGGCACUCACAUAUCGUUGACAAUGGAGUGUUGUCGGUUCGAAGGCCUGAACUACGCAACCGAACACAAGAUUGCUCUAAUACGACCAGGAGAACGAUACGUUGGUGGAGCCGUGAAAGAGAACGGGCGACUGAUUGGCUUCGAUCUGAUCAAAGAAAUCAGAAAAAAUGUAGCUUCAAACAACGAGUACGUUCUAUAGCUUUAGCAAAAAAUCUAAAAAUCUUUAUAUUUUUUAAAUUUUGUACUUUUAAUGAUCUUAAUUUCUGUAAAUAACAAACCUAAAACAAUUUAAAACACAAUUUUUGUAAGGGUCGAGCCCCCCCUGUCGACACCAAAAUUUUUUUUGCUUCGAUCUGACUCAAACUUGCACCAAUGUGUUCUAAGGUACUCAUAAACACUUUAAACUCAAAAUUUUUUUUCAAAGUUACAGUAGUCAGGUAUACUGUAACUGGCCUAUGAUUUCUAUAUCUCAAGAACUAAUGGUGCUAGGAACGUAAACUUUUUUUUUAAAUGUAGAACAUGAAAUAUGAUGUUACUUUGUUGUUUACAGCAAGUUUCUAGGUAGUGUGCAAAUAUUUUUAAAAAUUAAAUUUUUGAUAACAAUUACAGUAAUUUAAAAAUAUUUCGAAAUAAAAGCACUCGUUACGCCCUGUUUUAUUUAAGAAUAUUAAACUACGUUUUCUUGCGGUCCGAACGCACCUACAAACAUCGAAAAAAACUGUGUAUACGGGGUGCAAAAGUGCAUUUGAAGUUUGCACACCCAAAAAAAAAUUUUUUCAAAAUUUUUUUAUGUACUUAAUAACGUGUUAGUUAACGCGUAGUUAUGCUUAUAAACCUUGUUAGGUUGCUAGUAAUGUUAUUCGACAUUAUCAUUGGUAUUAAAAGACAAUUUCUGAGACUGAAGCAAGGUGUGCACUAGAAAUUUACCCCCUAUUUUUAUUAGCUAAAUCGACGAGAUAGGUUGUUCUAAGACGUACGGUAAAGCGAUUUUAGCCAAAAUGCGGUUUUGGCACUUUUAUGCCAUUUUUUGUAAAAGUAAACUAAAAAUUUUUAAAAAAAUCAAAAAUGUACCAAAAGCUCUAAGAAUUUGCAAAGUAAUGUGUUUGACCGUGCUAAACAACUUUGUAAUUAAAAAUUUUUUUCUAAAAGUACCGUAACCUACCGUAAUCUGACCGUUCGAUUAUAAAAGUGCAAAUAUCUAAACAUUUAACACGGGUCUUUAUAGUCAUUUUUAGCAUAUUUAGAAUCUAAAUGAAACGUAGAUAUUGAUAGGUUAUAAGGUCAUCUCUAAAGUUGCUAAUUUUGAAGGUUACGGUCGAUUACACAAUUACGGCAGCAUACUGUCCAAAAAUUUAAAAUUUUACUGUGGCUUUUCUAAUGCACUUACAAGUCUGCAAAUUUGCAUACUUAUGUUUUUUGCCAUGCUGAACAACUUUGUAAUUAAAAAGUUUUUUUUAAAACUGAAAUUUUAAAAAAUUUUUUUUGUGUGUGCAAACUUCAAAUGCACUUUUGCACCCCGUAUACACAGUUUUUUUCGAUGUUUGUAGGUGCGUUCGGACCGCAAGAAAACGUAGUUUAAUAAUCUUAAAUAAAACAGGGCGUAACGAGUGCUUUUAUUUCGAAAUAUUUUUAAAUUACUGUAAUUGUUAUCAAAAAUUUAAUUUUUAAAAAUAUUUGCACACUACCUAGAAACUUGCUGUAAACAACAAAGUAACAUCAUAUUUCAUGUUCUACAUUUAAAAAAAAAGUUUACGUUCCUAGCACCAUUAGUUCUUGAGAUAUAGAAAUCAUAGGCCAGUUACAGUAUACCUGACUACUGUAACUUUGAAAAAAAAUUUUGAGUUUAAAGUGUUUAUGAGUACCUUAGAACACAUUGGUGCAAGUUUGAGUCAGAUCGAAGCAAAAAAAAUUUUGGUGUCGACAGGGGGUCCAGCCACUGCUCGAGUCUUACAAAAAAUGUGUUUUAAACAAACAAAAUAAAAAGUACUCAUAUUAAUAACUUUAGAGUCCACUAUGUCGCUCACGUGUAUCGCAUGAGUUGUGUACCCGCUCCAACCCACCCUCUAAACAAAGUUGACCCAGCCAUGAACAGCGGAGAAUAUCUGAGCAGACGGCUGUCAGCAAGAUCCAAAAGUCCCAACAAAAGAAAAGAAACCCCACCAAUGCGACGACACCGAGGGUAUCAGAACCAGUACGACUACGAGUACUACACAUACGAUCGUCCCAUGUACAGAAGAGGUCCAGGCCGUGCAACCUACAGAAGAGGAGGAAGACGACGCUACAAGCCUUACAUCGACGAGUACGAGUACUACGAGCCAGAAGUGCACACCUCCAGAAGACAAAACUACCAUCAAGAUGUACUGUGGCCUAUUAACGAAGAGAAGAAGCCGGCCCCAUCUACCAACUUCAAAGCUCACGGCUCCAAAAACUACGAAACCAACCAGGCCAACGACUACCCAGCCAACGAUGCUCAGAAGGCAGACGACUUCUCUGCCUAUUUCACCACUAUUCCUACUGCAGAGAAUACAGUAACCAUUCCUCCACAACAUGACACAUCUUACUCUCACCCCGCGCUUGUCGCUCCCGCUCCAUCUCAAGAUACCUACAGUAUUGCAGUACAGCCAUCAGUAGUACCGGUAAGUCUGAUAUUUAAAAUUUCAAUAAAAAGCAAACGAGAUAACAAAUACCUAAAAAUGUAAAAAAAAGUGAAAAAUGAACCAUAGUUUGUCGGUUUCGUUUUUAGCUUUUCGAUAGGUUUUCUUGUACGUUUGAACCCAAUUAUUUCUCAAUUUAGUAAUGAAAGUCUAGGUUACAUCCUUGAAGAAUAUUCGUAUUUUCUAGAUUAUUUCGUGUUUUAGGUAACAAACGGACAAAACUUUAUAGAAAAAGUUUUAAAUAAUCUUUUAUGGCCUAAAAAUCUAUUGGUUACCUAAAAUUAACAUUUCUGGACAAAAUAAUGUCAUAAAAAUCUUUUCAAUAUUAAACAUACACCAGCUUGUCUAUUUCUUACCUAAAAACACUCAAAAAUCUUUGAAAUACCAAUACUUGUCCUACAUCUAGUAUUCUACCUAUUUGAAAACUUAUUUCCCAAAAAAUAGGUAAUAAUAAAAUAAAACAUACCAUGGUUAUCAGCGAUCUGGGGCAAAUAUGUAAUAAAUCAAAUAAAAAAGUUAGAACACGAUCAACAAAUUAUUUUAUUUUUUGACACUUCGUUUGUUGAUAUUUUGUUGAUAUUUCGCUUCGAAAAAACUUUUUGUUUUUAUGCGGUAUCUGAUACUAUAUUAUUUUUGGUAAUAAACAGCGUAAUGUUAAUUAAGAAACCUCCUUUUGUAUUUUUGCAGUCCAGACUUCAAUCUUGUAAAGUUUGUUUUUAUGUGCAUAAUAUAGCACAAAUAAUGUAUGUUUAUUUUUGUUUUCAGAGCUACAUCUACCCUGUUCAAGAACAAACAUCGUACUCUCUCCAACCAACAUCGUAUCAACAGCCCAGCUAUUCGUAUGACACGAAUCAACAGCCAGCACAAGAUGCUUCAUGUACAUCCAGUUGUUGUACUCCGAGCUGUACGAUGAAUAGUAUGUUUUCGUCGUUACAGUGUUUCAGCGGCGACAUGCUAGUGGAAACUCCCUCAGGACACAAAAGAAUGGACGCAUUAGAAGUUGGAGAUCUCGUUAUGUCGAUGGAUGGGGCCUUGGUAUGUAAACAAUCUGAUGCCGUAAACAAUGUCUAUUUCAGAUUACCUACUCCAAGAUUGUUAUGUUCUUGCACCGAAAGGAAGAGGAGGAUGCUGUCUACAAGCUGAUAACAACAAGCAACAAAGAGCACAUCAAGAUUACCGACUACCAUCUCAUGUAUGUCACGGAAUGUAAAGCAGGAGAUAGGCUGCAACUGGUUAAAGCAGCUGAUGUUGUAGUAGGAGACUGUCUUCACUACAAAGGAACGCAUGGACUAAAGUCAUCCAAAGUUGUGUCAAUAGAAAAUGUAAGAAGACUAGACUUUGACUUCAUUUUAAAAACGUAUCUUGGAGGAUUUAUUUACUGUAGUAAACAUACAAGAAUUAGUGGAUUAUUUUUCUAACAUAACAUUUUUAUGGUCAAAUAAAAUUGAUAUCAUGAAUAAUAACUUUUUAACUCUUCAAUGUUUACUCAGUAAUAAACUGUUGUUAUUCCAGGUACAAGGCUAUGGUAUCUACGCUCCAUUGACAGCGAACGGAGACAUGUUCGUGAACAAUGUGUUGGUGAGUUGUCACAGCAACAUGGCCGCCCAAACCCUACAACAGACUUUCUUCGCGUGGUGGCGACAAUGGGCGGGCUACACGCGAUGGAUCGUGUCUUUUGUGUAUCCUCACCAUCGACUGUUAUCUGAAGACGGAGACCUGCCCUUCGGCGUGGAUUACCUCACUACGGUGAUGGAUCUGAUUGUUCCUCAGAAUCUAAUUUCUUACUAA